AUGCACCGGGCCAUCGGGGUCAGGAUGAGUACUACGUUGAACCGGGUCGGUGCUCCCGAGAGACUGGCUGGAGUGCCUUUGGCUGUUGACCCCGGUGCUGGCUCGUUCUGGGGGGAUCGGAUGCACGAUACUGCAGGCGGACUAGCAGCCGCGAAUGCCGUACGUACGGGUCUGCACAGUACUAGGGGAGCAAACGCUGGGAAAUGGAACAAAGAUCAUUGCGUCAAGCGAAAACUCGGCGGCGGCAGUGCCGCAGGGCGAGCGAGUGCGAAACAGAGCGAGACAGGGAAUGGAAAAGGGCAAUACGGUCCAGCAGCAUGGGCGGCAGUAUGCGAAGGACUGAAGCUGAACGCUGUGUGGACGCGCUGGCAAAGCCCAGUGGCUUUGCUGCACGCUGUGCCACACUGGGCUCCCCAGUACCAGUGCCUCGUCAUCGCCCACCACGACGACAGGCCCGUCCCCAGCCAAAGUAUCGGUACCUCGAGGCCCCCAGCGUCAAGUGACUGCUGUGACUUGCAGGCCGAACGAUCUGGGGUUCCUAAUCCCCACUGGAGUUCAGCGCCCAGGCCCAGGCAUUGGAGGCAACUGGUGUACCUCGCACUCUCUUUGCUGAUCUGCUUCGAGUCGGGCGGAGGAUGGUGCGGGGAUAGAUCGGAGUCAAACCGACCCGUUUGCUUGCCAUCUUUGCUAAGAUCGUCAUCUCCGUCCUUGCCACAUGCCGCGAUGGCGAUUGUCAUUUCGAUGGUUGUCAACGCACUCCAUUUUGGUGCGUCUGCCAUUCCCGGAGACAGAGGACCGGUCUCGUAUUGUCCCGUGAUUGCUGACGCCUAAUACCUCAUGUCCGCGAAAGCACGUCUAUCCACGACUGCAAUGAGAUUGAGAUGGAGAAGCCAAGAAGACGACACGCUUACGCCCACGUAGCAACCCACGUAGUAGAGGCGAAAUGGCUUCGCCAACGGAGAAUAAAUUGAAGCGAAUUGCGUAGACUGCCCGUAUAUCUCGCCAGGCCAUUCCGAAAGAGUCGCUCCGCCGUCGCCAGAUCCCCCCAGCGCCAAGGCUUCACAGUAUCCGCGUCCCCAGAGGCAUUCGUCAAC